AAAUUUGUGACAAGGCGCGUCAAGAUACGGUUUUGACCUUUGACAUCGUCGACAGCCUUUAAUCACUUAUUUUCAGUGCUUUCCGCAAUGAGCAGACGUGGAAACAAUGUUCGGGGACCUACAUCUGCAUUGACUGAGUUCCUUAGGGAAUCAGGCAUCAAUCCUACUACGAUUGCACGUCGAGUAGCUACACAGAAUCAGCCUGAGAACCAGUCUCAAGAUCAAUCUGUGGCUGGUCCGAGUAACGCCGGAGAUAAUGUGGAAGAGCAACAAGAGGAAAGUGUUCCGCAGGCAUCGAAUGGUCGACGUGGUCGAGGCAGAACCACUGGAUACGCCUCAGACGAGCUCGACGAUCCUGCGGAAGAAUCUACUAUAAAGAAGCGGAAGACUACAAAGGGUCGAGCGACUGCCGCUGCGAAAGCCAAGGCCAAGAAGAAAGCCAAAGACGAUGGAGAAUAUGAAGGUUCCUCUGAGGACGAGUACAGGGCGAUGUCGAAGAAUCUCUGGUCGGUGGGUGGCAACGGUGGCCCUAAACCUUCAGCUGGAAGUUUUGAAACCUGUGCGAGAUGCGAAAAGCAGUUCACUGUGACAAAGUACACUAUGGCAGCCAAUCCGCCUCCUGGCUAUCUCUGCCACCAAUGUGCCAAGGCUUCUGGUACUGAUCCUUUCAAGAAGCCGGCAGUCCCUCGCAAACGCGCUAAAGUGGUGGAGAAAAGGGAUGUUGCCAGUUACGAGGAACGCCGUCUGCCAUCUCUUGCGGCGAUGUGCAUUGAGCUUAUUACCCGCUACAUCGAUGAUGUGGAAGCUUUGGGUGAUAUUGGUUCCCUGAACAUGGAUGAAAUUGCGAAAGCACUUUCCAAGAACCGCGGUCUCACCCCUCAGAACGCACAUCUAUUCUAUGAUGUGCUCAACAAGAAACUCAGAUUCUACGAUGCAACCAAUCUGACUCCAGACGCACUGACGACCCUCGCUUCCCUAAAUCCCAACUUGACCCACUUACACCUCGAUUAUUGUGGGCGUCUCACAUCGCCCGUACUUUCGGGUUUUCCUACUUCAAUGCCGCAGCUGACUUCCCUGACACUCGUUGGCCCGUUCCUCGUACGCGCGGAAGCUUGGAUCGAAUUCCUCAAGGCUAUGCCAGGGUUACGAGUGUUCAAGAUUACCCAGAGUCCAAGAUUCAACUUAGAAUGCAUGCAGACGCUCGCGGAUAGCUGUAAAAGGUUGGAAGAGCUCUCAUUGAGGGAAUUUGGUUUGAUGGACAACGAGUUUGCCGAUCCUUUGUGCUCUCUGUCUCCAUUGAGAGUGCUAGAUCUCGCAUGUCCGGACAUAGGCAUAGAUGAAGACGGUUGGAUGAGGCUUAUGGAAAGGCACGGGGGCACCCUUGAAACUCUUGAUGCCUCAAAGCAUGAAGGAUUCACUGACCACGUUCUUCAGCAGGGCGUCAGGAGAUACGCCCGUACUUUGUUCGAAUUAAAACUGGACCACUGCCUUAGUCUCACUGAUGAGGGCGUCGCGCAAUUCUUUGGCAACUGGGCCUAUCCCAUGUCCACUCUGAAAGACGAAGACAACGAUAUGGAUGUGGACUCCGACCCUGUGGAGGUCAGUCUCACUUCCCUCGAGCCAUUCACGCCGAAUCCUCCGUUGCACGCACUGUCCCUUGCCCGAAACGAAGAACUCUCAAGUGCGGCACUCACAGCUGCCAUCAUACAGUCUGCUCAGUCGCUCACGUGGUUGAGUGUGAAUGGACUGCGUAGCGCUUCGUCUGAAGCACUUGCAGAGAUCAAGAGAGCAAAGGAACUGCGCUAUCUCGAUGCCGGGUGGUGCCGGGAGCUAGAUGAUUUUGUAAUGAAGGAUGUUGUCACAGCGUGCACGAAGUUGAGCGAAAUUAAGGUAUGGGGAUGUAGUCGCGUAAGGGGUGUUGGUUGGGGCAUAAAGAGAGCCAUCAAGGUUCAUGGGAUCGAACCGACUGGGGGCAUGUAAAAAUAUCGUAGUUAAGGGUACACCUGAUACGGCGUUGCAUGUACAUGCUAGAUCAAUGGGACACUGGUAGAACGCUUAGUGGGAUUUCCCAUGGAAAAAAUCUUCAAA